AAGGAAGAGAGAGUAAUAGUAUGGAACAAAGUGGAGCAGGGCUGGAGCUUCCCGGGUUCAGGUUCCAUCCUACAGAGGAGGAGCUUCUGGACUUCUAUCUUAGAAGAGCAGUUCAGGGUAAGAAGCUCCAGAUUGACAUCAUUGGCACUCUCAAUCUCUACCGCCAUGAUCCUUGGGAACUACCUGGGCUGGCAAGGAUAGGAGAAAGAGAGUGGUAUUUCUUUGUGCCAAGGGACCGGAAGCAAUCCAAUGGUGGGCGGCCAAAUCGGACGACGGAACAUGGAUUUUGGAAAGCCACUGGUUCAGACCGGCCAAUCCGCAGUGUGGCUGAUCCGAAGCGGCUCAUCGGCCUCAAGAAGACCCUAGUUUACUACGAAGGCCGAGCACCACGUGGCUCUAAGACUGAUUGGGUCAUGAAUGAAUACCGCCUCCCUGAUCCCACCACCCCACCCACGGCAGACAUUGUUUUGUGCAAGAUCUACCGAAAGGCAACAUCAUUGAAGGAGUUGGAGCAAAGAGCCGCAAUGGCAUCGCCGAAUUCUAAGUUGAUAGUGGACUCAGUGUUGUCAUCAGAUCAGGAGAGCUUACAAAAAUGGAUGGUUGUAGAUGAUGAUGGAGGUGUCAAGGAGGCUAAGGAGGAGGUAGGAAAAGAGACUGAGGUCGAGAUAUUUGCGGAGUCGGCUCGAUCAAUCAAUCUGCCUAAGCUUGAGGUUCCUAAGUAUAAUGGGUUAGAGUGGAUGCAGGAUCCUUUCUUGACUCAGCUUAGAAGCCCAUGGAUGGAUCCAUGGUCUCCUUACCAUGCCAGUGUGCUCAAUUUCUGAAAUUGAAGCAUGGAGAUAUUAUAAGAAAUUUUAUGCAACAAAUAUUAUGCAUGGAUUCAGCUUACAAGUUUUUUCAUGUUAAGAGGGGCAUGGUCUUGGAUGUAGAGGAGGGGAGGUGGAAGGAGCUGAGGUUAAUUUGAAACAGCUGGUGUUCAUUUUGUAAAUAGAGAAGUGCAAAUUAACUAGAUAAUUUGCACUUAUUUUAGCUGCAUUACCUCCACUUUCAUGUGUAAUGCCAUAAUUAAUUCCCAAAUUAAGAGGAGUUUAUAUAUUAUAAAGAGGUGUUUUGACUUCUAUGGUCCUAUCCCUUUGAUGAAGAGGCAUGUUCAUUUGGGACUGCCAUGAUCCUUGUAGCGCGCUCAAGCUUCAGAAAUCUAAAUGAGCUGCAGUUUCUUAUGCUGUUGAAAGGAUAACGGCCAGCUUACUCCAAGAGAAAUGAUGACAGCCAGAAUAUAGAGCGCUGGGACUCGAUAAUAUCAAGCAAUUUCAUGGGAUCCGCUGCUUAGGUGCUGGUAUUAUCUUUUACUUCGAACAGAUAAUACCAAACAAUUACACACAGCCCAUUUCUUAUUUUAAAUGUUUGAAGAAAGGUAGAUUUUCUCAUAUAAUAUUUCAUCCUGUCUAAAAUUUUAUAUUAUUAUGGUUGC